AUGAGAGAUGGGAUCCUCUGUUACAGAUGUAACUCUGUGUCCUCUCAGGGGGAGAUUGAAGGCCCAUGUCAAGGACGAGACUGCUCUGCAUGUCAGUGUCUUCCUGCCAAAGGUGCACGGGGCCACCCUGGAGCAGGCGGUGAGCCUGGUUUUCGAGGGUUGGACGGCUGCAAUGGCACAAGGGGUCGACCAGGAGUCUUUGGUAUUCCUGGUUUGGAUGGUUUCCAUGGGCUGCUGGGUUAUCAAGGCCCACCUGGCCCACAAGGACCAGAAGAAGUCAUAGAAUUUCCUCCAGACUUCCUUCCACCCAAAGGCAACAAGGGAGACACAGGUCUUCCUGGACAAUGCGGACCAAAGGGCAUACGCGUGAGUUUCAUCCUGUUUGUAAGCAUACAGGGCUACCAAGGAGAUCUAGGUCUCCCCGGUCCCCUGAACCUUCACAAUGGAAGUUAUGUCAGAGGAGAGCUGGGUCUGCCUGGUCCACGAGGGUUCCUUGGUCCGAAGGGCUAUAAGGGAGAGCCAGGGGGGUAUAAAAACGUUGAAAAUCUGUUUCCGGGACUGAAGGGAACUAAAGGACUCCUCGGACACAAAGGUGUCACAGGCCCUCCAGGUCCUCCAGGAUGUGGAGAUUACUUCUGUGAGUCUGGUUACCCAGGAGACACUGGUGACAUAGGACCCAAAGGAUCUCCUGGAAAUCAAGGGGUCAAGGGAAUUACAGGUUGUCUAGGGGAAUGUGACUGUAGGUCUGCUGGGGGAAGAGAAGGACCCUCUGGUCCAGCUGGUUAUCCAGGACCUCCAGGGUUUCCCGGAACUCAAGGACUUAAAGGAGACCCAGGGCUGAAAGGAUACGAGGGUCCAAGAGGACCACAUGGCUUUCAAGGAAUUCCUGGUAUAAAAGGACAUAAGGGUCAAAAAGGUCACUCUUUUGUGGUAGAUGCUAAAGGUGCCAAAGGUAACCAAGGAGUCCUCGGAUAUCCUGGUCCUCCUGGAGCAGCGGGUAGGCCAGGACUGGAUGGAACCCCUGGGCCUGCAGGGGACCAUGGAACACCAGGUGCUGGAUAUACAGGAUUACUUGGUCCUAAAGGUUACCCUGGUGUUGCUGGACCAAAAGGUUUUCCAGGGCGUAUAGGCCCCCCAGGUCCUGGUGUUCCAGGCUCUCAGGGGAAACCUGGACCUAAAGGUUAUCAGGGACUUCCUGGCCCCUCGGGAAUUCCUGGACGACCAGGCCCUCCAGGUGAAACUGAGGAAUGCUGCCUUGAAGAAGAGAUUGGAUCAUCUGGUCAGAAAGGAGAGUCAGGAUCACCGGGGUUUCCAGGUGAGCCAGGAAGAGAUGGUCCUCCGGGAACUGUGGGACUACCAGGCCCGAAAGGCAUGAAAGGAGAUGACAGGGAAACUGGAGAGAUUGGACAGCUAGGUCUUCCAGGUUUAAAUGGGGAUCCAGGUGACCCUGGUCCCGGUGGAAUUAGCCUGGAUGGCCCUUCAGGACUUCUUGGGUUACCAGGACUUCCAGGCAGGAAGGGUGACCCAGGAGAUGCCCUCUCUGCCAGGCCAGGUGCUACUGGCUCACCCGGCCGCCCUGGGGCUCAGGGGACAAGUGGACUCAGUGGAAUUCCUGGAAACCUAGGGUCUCAAGGGGUCCACAAGGUUUCCGUGGCCCUCCCGGUUUGCCAGGCCCAGCGGGACCAGGAGGCCCCGCUGGUCCCUCAGGAGAUCCUGGAACUGAUGGCUGGUCUGGACAGAAAGGCAGGGCUGGGGCCAGAGGUUUACCUGGUCAUCCUGGACCAGCGGGACACAGAGGUAAACAAGGAGAAAGAGGCUUUGAUGGUCGCCCAGGUGACACUGGACACCAAGGACAGCCUGGUCAUAAAGGAUCAAAGGGCCCAAGGGGAGUCCCAGGUGAUUUGGGUCCUGAUGGAUGGCCUGGUUUACCAGGCUUUAAAGGCAGCACUGGUGCUCCAGGCAGGGCAGGAAUACCUGGACCUCAUGGGUACCCAGGGAUCAGAGGUUUCACUGGUCCAAGGGGAUAUCCUGGACCUGAUGGAGAUCUGGGGGAUCAAGGGCCAAGGGGACAAGUGGGUAUCCCAGGGUCACCAGGAUUUCCAGGAGCCAAGGGUGAGCCUGGACACUCUUAUGGAACACCUGGUCCACCUGGACCCAAAGGAUUGGCCGGGGAGGAUGGACCCAGUGCACCCAGAGGGAGUCCAGGAGAUCCAGGGGACCCAGGACCCCAGGGAAGGUCAGGUCAGCCUGGACAGCGAGGCAUGGUCGGUGAACCAGGAAGACAAGGAGGACCAGGCUUCCCUGGACCUCAUGGCCCAUCAGGUCAUCCAGGUGUUCCAGGUUUUCCAGGCGAUAAUGGAGGUCUGGGACCCCCGGGCCCACCGGGGCCAUAUGGGCCUUCCUGGACCACCAGGUCUGGAUGGACUAGAUGGGCUUAGAGGUCCAAAAGGAAUAAAAGGACCAAGUGGUUCAUGUAUACCUGGCACUCCAGGACCAGAUGGUUUUCCUGGAGUCAAAGGUCUCAGAGGUCAGCAGGGGCCUCGAGGAGCAAUUCUUUCUGGGUCCAAAGGCCAGAGGGGCUCACCUGGUGCCACAGGUCUUCCAGGCUUCCCAGGUGUACCUGGUAACCCUGGUAAAGAAUGCUCCAAGCCUCUACCAGGACCCAACGGAGACCUAGGUUAUGAAGGACCUCCAGGACCUCCAGGACCACCAGGAGACCCAGGCCCAAUUGGCCUCCCAGGGUUACCAGGUCAUAAGGGAGAUGGGGGCCUCCCAGGGCCUCCUGGGUCUCAGAUGCAUCCAGGCUUUAGAGGACCAAAAGGUGAGAAAGGUCCUGCUGGUUCUAGAGGUUCCCAGGGACCCAAAGGUCAGAUUGGGGUCCCUGGACCUUGGGGUCGAAAGGGACUAACAGGCCCAGCUGGAGACACAGGACAGAAGGGCUCCAUAGGGUUUGUGGGCCUCCCUGGCAAACCAGGUCCUGCAGGUGAUAAUGGUCUUGUUGGAGACCCAGGAGAUGCUGGUCAGCUAGGAUUUGCUGGACCUCAAGGUAUCCCAGGUCCACCCGGUGAUCCAGGUAACCAAGGCCAAAGGGAGGCAUCAAGGUCAGGCUUUCUUUUGGCAAUCCACAGCCAGUCAGUUCAGGUGCCACAGUGCCCUGAAGGCAGCAGUCAGCUCUGGGUGGGCUACAGUCUGGUCUACUUGGAGGGACAAGAGAAGGCUCACGCUCAAGAUCUGGGCCACGCUGGCUCCUGCCUACCUGUUUUCUCCACCAUGCCUUUCUCCUACUGCAACAAAGCUGCCUGUCACUACUCUAAUCGCAACGACAAAUCCUAUUGGCUCUCCACCACCGCUCCCAUACCCAUGAUGCCCCUCUCUGGCCUGGAGAUUAGCUCCCACAUCAGCCGCUGUGUGGUGUGUGAGACAGUUUCGCCUGCAGUGGCUUUUCACAGCCAGGAUCACACAGUCGCCGCAUGCCCAGCUGGCUGGAGGAGUCUGUGGACCGGGUACUCUUUCCUCCUGCACACAGGGGCAGGUGAUGAGGGUGGUGGCCAGUCUCUGACUUCUUCUGGUAGCUGCCUGAAGGAUUUCCGAACUCACCCCUUCAUAGAGUGCCAAGGUGCGCGCGGCUCUUGUCACUACUUUGCCAACCUCUACAGUUUUUGGCUAACCACUGUCAGCCAUACAGAGCAGUUCAUCACCCAGAGGCCUGGCACCAUCAAGGCAGCUGAUAAGCAGCGACACAAGGCCAGUCAGUGUCAUGUCUGCCUCAGAGAACAAUAA